AUGGAAGGAAUUCGUUUAGAUAUAACUCACACUGCAAUAUCAAAAACUAGUUAUUAUCGAACGACCCUCACCAUAUUAAAUGGAAAUUAAUUAAUUAUUUUCCAUUUUUCGAUUACCCACUAAAUAAACUUCUCCAUUUCAUAUCUCUUAUCAAAACCAUAAUCCAGAGAUCGAAACUUAUUGGAGCUAACCUCUUCAACUGAAAAGCUUUUUAUCAUUUUAAUCCCCAAUUAGAUAAAUCUUGUUUCAGCAUCGAGAUUUAUCUGCCACCUAUACAAUCAAGUUUUUAACAUCCUUAAAAAAUUAAGAAUAAAAAGAUAAUCAAGAUGA